CGAUCCUCAGCUGCAGAGACUCCACACAGUACUUCCAGCGGCAUCAAUCCUUCUCCCAUUCAGCAGAAGCAGGCAUGGCGCUCGUAAGCUCCGACGUCCAUCGCAAUGAAAUGAUCCGCAGCGGUCCCGCCUUAUGCGGCGUAGGGAGCGCGUCUUAUGAAGCGACAUGGUCUAGUAGCGCACCGUUCCGCGACAGCACGGCGAGUGCGCCUCACAGCUUGACUUGCCGAAGCGAAGCAGCAGCAGCAGCAGCAGAGAGCCCCAGCGCUUCCGUUGCAGCUCGGGUGGCGGAAGCGGCAACAUGCGCGGACUUCGCGCCCGCGGAAACCAGCGCGUCCUUCCCUAGUGGAGCGGCGGAACCGGCGCGAGAUCCUGGAGCGGGGCACGACGGCCCGUCGGAACAGCAACGGACGAAUCCCGCCGACUUGCACGAAUCAGAACCAGAACAUUCUGGCGGUUCGGAGAUUAUAAGCGAGCGCGAACGGCUCUUUAUGGAGCAGCUUCGCCGUAGCUCGCUAGAGUCACGGCAACGGAUUUUAACGAACGUCGCCGAUGUGUGGAUGUCGCAUCAGGAGUCGGAGACAUGGUUCGGGCAGCUCGAGAAACUUGGCUCAGUGCAGCAAGACGACAAACCUGUCGCCGUGACGACUCGUUACGGCCAACAGCAGCAUGCCACUUGGCGAACCAGCGGACUGUACAGAUUCGGCAGCGGAACCUUUCGCAAGGCCCACACUGCGGUGGCGGAGGAGCAUGAAUCACAGGCGCACCAACCGCGGGGUGAGCGCAAGCUCAAACGGAGCGGGGUAAGCGCCAAGAGCAGGCAGCGUGAGCAGCCGCCGUCGCCACCGCCGCCGCAGCAGGCGGCGGAGGAGUUGAAGGGGGUGGCUCAUGCGCGGGGGUUUUCGCGCUCCAGCAGCGCGUCUAGCAGCACCGGCAGCAGCUCCAGUGGCAGCAGCGCCGGCGGCGGGGGUGGCUGGGGGGGCAAGAGCGAUACUACCGUCGUUCCCCGCGCGAGAAGGUUUUCUCUCUCCAGCAGCGGAGGCGGUGGCGGUACUACUGUCGUCGUUUCCCGCGCACUAUCGCGCGCAGGUUGGUUCUUCGGCUCCACUACUCGAUCCGCGCAGGAGCGCAGCACAAGCAGGCUUGGCGCAACGCCUGACGGCUCUUCGUGAGCCUAAUGCGCGCGCCUGAUCAUUCCGCCGUCCCCCCUUUCCCCGUCUCUGCCGACUUCCCUUCCGGCCGAGGGGGAGAUGAAUUGCGACCCGAGUUUUCGGGCUGAUUGUGAGACUAUAUGGUACAUGACAGACUGGAUUGAGCGAACUAGAAAAGUCUUGAAAUCGAAGUGUUGGCCAUGAUCACUGCAGCUCAGGGGCCUGUCACUGUCUCUUACGGACUUGAAUUCAGGCCAAGCUGGAGUGCCAUCGCCCUAAUUUUGUCUGCUAUUCAGGGCACGUCCUCGGCUCGGGGCAGCCCCGAGGCAGGGCUUCAUCCAUAUAAUUGAUGCCCAAAAGCCCUGCCUCAGGGCUUGCCCCCACGCCAGAACGCGCCCUCAGGACGAUAUACAUUGCGUCCGGUUCGCAGGAUCACGCUCCGAACCUCGUGGAGUACCGUGUUUUACCACGCUAUUAAUGUUUUUUUUUGGGUUGCGUAGCAACCUUUUACGUUCGGUCGGUGGACCGAUUUAGGACGACUUUAUUUUUUGGUCUUGUAACCCGAGCAACAUAUGUUGUCGGCUCUAAUGCGUCGCUCACUACAAGGA